AUGCACGAAGUAGAAGAAACAGUGCAGAUGCGGCAGCACGGAUGCAGAGGUGCAAUCGAGAAAGCAGAUGCAAAAAAAACUGUUAAAACAAAGCGAGAAUAUGAAAGCCACCGGGAUGGUCCUGCCAGGGAUGAAUGCGAUACGGAUAAGAUAAGGCCCAAUCUGCCUCCGCCGUUCGUUCUCUCCACGAUCCAUCUUGUCACUUCCGCGGCCCGAGCUCGCGACAGUGGCAGUAUGGCCAGUGGCAAAGGAGCGAUGUGA